AUGGCAACAGUUGGCGAACUGAACAAAAAGUUCGCCCCGCAGCUCGAGCAGCUGCAGGCAAUCUUCCCCGAUUGGGACGAGCAGGACCUCGUGUUUGCCCUUCAAGACUCCAAGGGUAACGUCGAGGACACUGUUCUUGCCAUCUCUGAGGGCCGCGCGUCCCAGUUCACCCAAGCCACAAAGAAGAAGCCCGCCAAGACGGCUGGACCCAAGGCCUACGGCGGUCGGAACGCCGACAGCUGGGAGACUCAAGACUCGUUUGUUGGGGGCGGCCGCGGCGGACGCUCUGGUGGCAGAGGCGGACGGGGUGGUGGUAUGGCUCGCGGCAUAGCAGCCGUGCGUGGGGCUCGUAUCGGACGCGCUGGAGCGCGUGCUGGUCGCGGCGGCUAUGGCAACGUGAACGGCGACGUCAAGAAGAGCGACGCGCCCUUGGAGGCGUGGCCGACGACGACCGCGACGACCGCCGACGGCUGGAACGCCCAGGUCGAGCAGGCAGAGGCUGCCUCCGCGCAUGCUGAAGACGGCAGGGGAGAGCCUGCCCAGCCAGAGGCAAAGCCGGAGGAGCCGGUCGUCGCCCCCGAGCCCGUGAAGAGAGGCGCAUGGGGCAAGGAGCUGCCAAAGUCUGUCCAGCCUCCCAAGCAGGCUGCUGCCCCAGUUGCUGCCCCAGUUGCUGCGCCGGCGCUGGCGCCGGCCCCGGUUGCGGCUGCACCUGCUGCGCCUGCUCAGCCUCCUCCCAAGCCCAAGAUGACUUGGGCCCAGAUUGCCAAGCCCGUCGAGAAGCCCAAGCCCGCACCCACUCCUCCUGCUCCUGCCCCGAAGGCUCCAGAGCCGCAGCCCAAGCCAGAGGUCGUGGAGGAGGAGUCUCUGGAGGCCGAGGAGGAGAUCGUGCAGCCUGAGCCCGAGGUCACCGAGGCAGAGGAGCCAGAGAAGGUCACUGAGGAGGUUCCUGAGGUGCCCGUCGCCAAGCCCGAGCCCGAGGUGGUUGAGCCUGCGUUGCAGCCCGAGCCAGAGGCUGCUAAGGAGACCCCUGCGCCUCCUCCGCAGGAGGAGUCUUGGGCGUCUGACCCAGCUAUCGUUGGGUCCGCUGCUCCCGCCACUGCCCCGGAACCCGUCACCACCUACACCGGCCCUCCCGGCUUCAACUCUGUCGCGUCCAAGGCUGUCGGUUCGCAGCAGCCCAGGACUUCGUCCCGCGGUGCGCACCGUUUCAAGAACACUGGCGGCGAGGCUGUUGUUCUCCCUGCACAGGCGAGCGGUGUGUCGUCGAUGGAGAUCCAGUUCGGCAACUUGAGCUUUGGUGGCCUCAACGGCGACGGUGUUGAGACACCCGUCCAGCCCGAGGAAGCUCCCACUGCUCAGUCUCCGGUCGCCCACGCCCCCUCCGUCCCCGCAGCCGCUCCUCAGCAGGCUGCUCCCGCCCAGCAGGCCUCGUCCUGGCAGCAGGCUGCUCCUCAGCAACCUACUGGGUUCCCUGGCCAGCCGCAGGGCCAGUCCUACGAGUCGUACGGGCAACAGCAGGGCCACCAGCAAGAGGCGCAGCAGCAGCAGCCUCAGCAGCAGCAGCCCCAGCAGCAGCCCCAGCAGCAGCAGCUCCAGCAACCUCAGCAGUCGCAGUAUGGCUACCGCCAGGAAGGCUACUACAACCCCAUCAGCUCACAGGGACAGCAGGGACAGCAGAACGAGCAGUCGCAGCAGCAGCAGCAGCAGCAGCAGGCCCAGCAGCAGCAGCCACACCAGCAGCAGCAGCAACCCCAGCAGCAAUCGUACGACCAGUUCGGUGCGGGCGGUUUCAGCAACCAGUGGCCUGGCCAGCAGCAGCCACAGCCCAACGAGUACGGUCAGGGCCGCAACUUUGACUCAUUCUCGAACGCUGGCUACAACCGGCCUCCUGCCGACGAGCCCAAGCAGCAGGUUCCCACCGCGGCCGCUGCUCCUUCGCAGCCCCAGCAGAGCCUGCCGCACCAGCAGAACCAGUACUACUCGGCUAUCGGCAGCAUGGGCAACAUGGGUUACUACCAGCACCCGUCGGGUCCUUACAACCCCUACUACCAGUACGGCCACACCCACAACCCCGGGUUCCAGCAGUACUACCCGAUGGCUAGCCGCCAGAUGUACGGUCAGCCUCCCUCCCACCAGCCCCCCGCACCGAUCCCCACCAACAAGCCUACGCCGCCCACGCACUCGCCGUACGGUGCGCCCAACCAGUACCCGUCGUCUGGCUAUGAGGACCAGUCGUACGGCCUCGGGCGCUUCGGAGACGCGAACAAGGCCAGCGGCAACUUGCAGUCUGGGCAGAGCCAGCAGAACCCCCAGCCCAUUGGAGCCGGGUCGCUCCCCCAGUCCGGCUACCAACAGCAAGGUCUGCAUAACUUCCUCGGCGGCGGCACGCCAACUGGCGCUGCGGGAUCGCAGCAGCCCAACCGGCCCCAGGCCAGCACGCCCGAGGAUAGCUUCAAGGGCCAGGGUGCCGGCAGCCAGCAGUCUGGCGCCAGUGCCGCCGGUGUGGGCGCGCGGGGUGCGCAGCCCCAGCAGCCCCAGACGCAGCAGGCGUUCGCGUCGUACCCGUAUGGUGGCUACCAGAGCCACGACUGGUCGCCCUACGGGCAGCAGCAGCAACAGCAACAGCAGCAGCAGCAGCAGCACUACGGGGCCUCGCGCAACGGCGGCUACACCAACUGGCAGCAGUAG